GAAUUUCAGUUAACUAGAAUUAUUUUUGCCAUCUGUUUAUUUAUUUUUUGUGUAAAUGGAUUUCACAGCACUGGUUCAUGAGUUAAAAACUAGGCCUCAAUACUAGGUAGACUUUUUAUAAGAUAACUUGACAAAGUAAUAAUGUACGUGCGAAGAAAUAAAGCCUGGGUUUUAAAGUUAACUAUAAUAUUCAUGUUUUACACAUGUGUAUUAUACAUUUCUCUCCCCGAGAUUUUUGCAAACAUUCAAACACGGCAAACAGCUAAUAACAAAUCGCAUCCGAAGAAAUUUUACCAAUCGACGAGAACAAAGAGAUGUUUAACUAAAAUGUCAAAUGAUACGUGUAAAACAUGCUUGAAUGGCUGGAGUGGAAAGGACUGUGGGAUACCGCCGCAUCCAAAUCUCGUGACCGUAACUGAAAGAGACGAGCCCUGUUAUAUAGUACAGGCUACAAUAGUUAACCAUGAGAUAGACAUGUUAAAAUUAAAGAUAGACAACUCCCUUCCUUACACGGAUGAGUUUAUUGUCAUUGAAGCAGAUAAGACAUUUGCGUUAGAACCCAAAAUAUUUUAUGUAAAAGACCACGAAAAGGAGUUAUCGUCCUUGGUUAAAUUACGUCAACAUCAUGUUCACAUAAAGACUAGAAAUAAAUAUUCUUGGGAUGUUCAAAACGAAAUGCGCUUAGGUAAUAUUACAUUUCAUAAUUUAUACAAGGACAUACCAUUAAACUCACUUGUUAUUUUUACUGAUCUAGAUGAGAUUGUCCGUCCAGAAGUUCUUCAUUUUCUGAAGUAUUAUAACUGUUCCCCAUAUCCGACUGGAGUCGCAUGGGAUACAUUUUUGUUCGGAUUCUUUUUCUUUGAUUCUUUUGUAACUCGUCCAUCUUCUUUUGGAACUAUAUUCAAAUCACCACUUGAUAUUCGUCAUCAGCCAAAAACAUGGACUAUUCCCAGAGGAGGAUGGCAUUGCCGGUGGUGUUUUAAAAUAGAAGAUAUCCAGAUGAAAUUAAAAUCUUCGCCUUAUGUUGAUUUACCACGCAUUGCAGAUAAACCAGAAAAGAUGAAAUCCAAUGUUAUCUAUGAACAUGUCAUUAAUGGAAAAUGGUUUCUUGGGAAAAAACGUAUUCCAAGGAUGGAACCUCAAGACAUUCCUAUGAAUACACCGAUUUAUAUGAGAUCGUACGACUGGUGGAUAAAACAUCCCCCAAAUAAGACGGCUUGAU